AUGCUGCGGCGGAUAUCCCAAGUCUGGGUGGUCCACGUUCCGGUUAAACUCGAUGAAACGGCGGACGAUUCAAUCAAAGAGGAUCCCAAAGAGGCCUUUCCGAUCCCGUCCUUUUCGCCGAUUCCUUCCAACAGCGCGCUCGUGUAUGGCCAGGACAACGUAGAGCCGAUGCUGGCGCCCGAAACCGAGCUGAACCUCAUCUUUGACUGUUUGGUUCCAUCGUCGUCGCCCGCCAGCAGCGCCUCGCCAUCUCCGCCCGCCUGGCAGUCGUGCCCCACUGUCGCGAUGCAGCCUGGCUGCUUCGCGGCGGAUCCCCCCAAAUGCACGAACCCGCCUGCGAGCCUGAUUGGCAACAAGCGCUGCAUUUGGACGGCGGAGGAGGAUGCGUUCAUUGACCGCGCCGUGCGCUUUCGCGGCCUGCGUUGGAAGGCGAUCGCCGAGAUGCUUCCUGGCCGCUCCGAGACUGGGUGCCGCAAGCGAUGGAUGAGAUGUCAGCAGCGCAGGCUCGCAGCGAGAGGCAUCAAGGUGAGCCGCAUGUCGGAUGUUGUGGCGAACGUACACAACGUUGGCGCCAUGAGGACGCGGAAGCCACCGUCCUCGCAGCCACCACCAGAGGUGGAGCUGUGGAGCGGCUCUGGCCGGGAGCAGAGCGGGCUAGAGCUGGCCUGGGCGCAUGCCCCUUCUGCGUGUGCGCGGCCCCGGCCCCUGGCUCCUGUGCCCAACGCACUGCCUGUGGCACACUAA